UCUGAAAAAUGGUUAUUUGUUGUUGGCCUUUGCGUUGGGCUUGACCAUGGCAUUGCUCGUAUGAGUUUUGAGUUUCUUGAACUACAACAUGUUGCUUAGCUUUUUCCUUAUCAACUCAAAUGGAGAGGUGAUUAUUGAAAAAUCCUGGAAGACAGAACACACUCGUAGAGUUUGUGACUUAUUUUGGCAGGAGAUUUUAAAGGUUUCUUCUCCUGAAGAACUUGCUCCACUCUUGCACUUUCCCAAGUUUACUAUCGUUCAUAUAUAUAGUUGUGGCGUAUUUCUGGUGGCGACAGUAAGGAAAACGUUGCAGAGUACUUUUGCCUUAGAGUUGUUGCACCACUUGGUUGACACAUUUGUUGAUUACUUCGGAGAAUUCAACGAACACGCUAUUAAAGAAAACUUUGUAACUGUUUACGAAAUCAUAGAGGAGGUUUUGGACCACGGUUUCCCUUUCACAGUGGAUAUUGCUAGUCUGAAAGAGUUGGUCCCUCCUCCUAGUUUGUUGAGUCGAGUGCUUGGGUCAGUUACUGGUAGUUCGCUUUCCCUAAAAGACAUAUCCGACUGGAACAGUCGCAAGAAAGUAUCUUGGAGGAACCCGAAUAUUCGUUAUGCUCAUAACGAAAUAUUUGUAGAUAUUGUCGAGGAAGUUUCUGUGGUCCUCAAUAGCAAGGGACAAUGUAUUCAUAGUGGAAUAUCGGGCAGUAUUGUCGUAAACUGUAGAUUAUCAGGAAUGCCUGAACUUGCAUUGCAUUUGAAUGAGUCUUCUAUAGCAAAGCAUUCGUUUGUGCAUCCUUGUGUACGCUACGGAAGAUUUAUUCGGGAAGGAAUUAUUUCAUUUGUACCACCAGACGGUGUUUUUCAACUUUUAAAGUAUCAAACGUGGAAGGCUCCUUAUAUUCCCGUUACAUUGGAACCGCAGUACUCUGUUGAUAAAGAAAGAAAACAUGGACGUCUGCAACUGACUUUAGAUAUAAGAGGUUGUGGAGGGAAACCUUGCGAGGAAAUGAUGAUUUCUAUUCCAUUUCAUCACGCAACGAAUAUCACCAAUCUCAAUGUUACUGUAGGCACUGUGCGGUACGACUCCCAAAUUCAGCUCUGCAAAUGGAGUUUAACCAACAUUGAUUCUACUAGAACGUUGGCACUUACUGCGGAACUGUCUCAAGAUAAAUGCUUAUUGCCAAUCUCAUUACCUUCUAUUUUAGCUGAUUUUCGUAUUGUAGGAUUUGCUCUAUCUGGUUUAAGUGUCCAACAGUUGACUGUUCUAAACGAGUCCUAUAAGCCGUACAAGGGAUUACGCCGCAUUACAAAAUCAGGAAUUUAUGAAAUUCGACCAUAUUAGUCGCUGAAGAUGAAUUUCGAUAAUUGGGACGAGCGAAUCGUAUGAAGAACAGACACAAGUCCUGUCCAAUAGACAAGAGGUUUUCCUGGCGGUAGCAGUGGAAUGAACGGCUUGGGACAGCGUUGUUUCUCAUUGCUGGGACAAUUGCUUGUUUUGGCUUAGUGAAUCUCCUCCAAGCGUGAUUACUUUGUUAAAGAAUAUUUUAAACAAGACGGACAGUAAAAAGUUAGUAUCAGCC